AUGCGGACUGCUGCUGCUUGCGGCGAGGUGCUUGGCGUGCCCCGGGAUGCGACCUCGGCGGCCAUCAAGGCGGCGUUUCGACAGAGAGCCAAGGAGCUGCAUCCCGACGUGCUCGCUGCUCGCGCCAAGGCCCGUCGCCAGCACCCGUACGACACUUACGACAAGCUCCAGCAAAUUCAGUCGUACGAAAGUACGGCGGAGCAGUCGGCGGCGGCUUUUCUUCGUAUAGUUGCCGCGUAUGAAACGCUUAGCAAUCCCGUAAGCCGACGGUCGUACGACAUGCAGCUGGCCGCUACUGCCGCGGUGUCAUCUGGGUCGGGAACUCAGCCUGCCCAGCGACAGCAGCGGCAGCAGCGGCAGCAGCGGCAAGCGGCGACCAAUGACUGGACGAACACUGAAUCCAGAUCCGAUGGAUCCAGAUCUGAGCCUGGAUCAGGCAGCGGUGAUCUUCGGUUCGUGGAUUUCAGGUCUUGGAGAUACGGUGUGGGCGAGUGGAUGAUGAGGAGGACGAGGCGAGAGCCCGUUGCGGACUUGACUUGCAACCCGGAGAGCUCCCUCGCUGCUUCGAGGCGGAUCUACGUCGCCACCCUGGAGCCUCUGACCAGAUCAUGCAGCUGGUUUCGGGGCGCACUCUGUUGGGUGUGGUGCGAGUGCAGGAUACACGGCGACGGCGACGGCCGUGGCGGCGGCGGCAUCAACCCACUAGACGUGCUUGACCCAGCCGCCAUUCGCGGCCUGCCCGAUGAAGCUGUCAUACAGUUGGCAGCCGCUAGCAUCGCACGCAGCGACGCCGACGCCGCUGGCGGCUACGGCCAUUUGGUACCCGGCUACAGCCGCCUCCGAGGGCUCCUAGAGCUCCAGGGGUUCUACCCUGAUCCCGCUGUACUGCAGCGUCGCAGCAUGCAGAUCUCUUUGGUGACGGCGGCGGAGGCGGCGCAGGCGCGCGACGGUACGGCAGCCUUGGGAGGCCGGCAGAUGAUGAGGCGCUGGCGGCGGAAGAAUGCGAAUGCUGCGGGGAGAAGCGGGGACAAGGGUUCCGCCGCCGGCACGUUUGAUAUGGUGACGGGUUUGGAAAAGGAAGAGACGGCGGAGGAGAAGGCGGAGGAGGAGCAGGAGGCAACGACGGCAGGGAAUAAGCCGCCGCAAAUACUAGCGGCCAAGGAAAUGUCAGGAGAAACUUCUAGACGGAAGGAUGGUUGGGAGGAGGACGUGGAGGGAUUGCUGGCCGAGGUGACGCCACCGCCGCAGCUCCAGCGUACGGUGUCCGUGCACUGGCAACUUAUGGUAAGGCAAUGCUUGCCUCCUACUACCGGACUAAUUGUUUCUGGCCUCACUUUUUCGGCACGCCAGGCGCUUACGGAGGCCGCUCGUGCGGGGGAAGCUGCGGCCGCAGCGGGCAGCACUGAUGCCGCUGCGGCGGCAGCAGCAGCAGCAGCAGCAGCAGCGCGCAAGAAGCCAGGUCGCCCUUCACAGCCCUUUAACAGCCCUCGCAAAUGGCUAUUCGGCCCAGACAUCCCAGAUACGUAUGCUAACGGCGAGGGUGGUGAUGGCAGCAGCAGCAGCGGCGGCGGCGGCGGUGAGGGCGCAACCGUAGUGCUGGAGAUGCGGCUCGGCCAAGACCUGGCGGCGUUUGCCGUACAUCAGCUUCCUCCGCUGCCGCCAUCACCGACGGCCAUGGCUGCCGAAGAGGACUCCAUGGGUGCAGUUAACGGACGCCAACCGUCAACGGUAACCACCGGCCGAGCAGACACCCGCAAGGUGGCGAUGCACCGUCAGCACCGGCAGCAGCAGGAGGGUCGUCGUCGUCGGCAAGAUGAUUCCGGAGCUAUUUGCGGGCAAGAUGAACUUGGCAGUGACGGCGGCGGCGGCGGCGACGACGGCACGGCCGGCAUUAGAUCUUCCCCCCCUUCAGAGGAUCCCGACGGGGGCCUUAUGGUGCCGCUGUUUGGGCCCGUAUUAGAGGGCCGAGUCAAAGUGUACGUCAACGGGCAACUCAAUGCGGGCGUCGAGGGUUGCCAUGUGUACGACACGGAGGGUAGGCGAGUGGCGCUUAUCGUGCGCGGCAGCUUCCCAGGUCUGCGCACCAUGCACUUCUUCGCCAUCCACAAUCCCUCCGACGGCGUUCAGAGAUUGAGGCUGCUGUGUCGCUGUGUGAGAGCUCGUUUGCUGCCCAGCAUCACCUGGCUAUUUCCACCCCGGGAAGACACGCAUGAUGUGGGCGGCUGGUACUUCGAGUGGGCUGGCUACGGUCGAAGGGGUCAGGAAGGCUGGCUGGACCCCGCUGUAUUCGUGUUGGUGGCGGCAGUUGUGGCUCAGGAGCAGGAGCGCAUCGCAGUGGCGCAACGACGAGCGGUUUCGGGGCUGCUACGCGAUUGGCGGCAAACGGUUUCACGGGCGGUGGCGGGAUGCUUGGCUGGCGACUGGACUCCAUGUGCUGUCGUCUGCGUUCGUUGCGGACUGUGGACCGUGGAGACUGCUUGA